CUCAAAAAAGCUUCGGUCUAUCUGAGGCGCGUCGUCGUCCAAGCUCCUAAAGCUCUCUCUGCAACUUAAUUCCAGUUCCACCCUUCCUCAUCAACGUACAAACUAGACCUGGCCAUUUGCGAUUGAAGCUAUUGACGAUUUAGUAGCCUGCAAUUUGUUUCCUUUUCAAUUGACAGGGUCCCUUUUUGGCAGGGGAUAGAAAAUAAACCCAGCAAAGACAAGCAGCUUUCUUUUCCCUUGUCUUUCUACAAUCUCAUCUCUAUUAUUCUUCGACUAUUCUUCGACUAUCUUUCGACUAACUUUCAUUAUCUUUCUACGAAGAAAAGAAUCCCCUCGACGUCGCCAUUAAUGACCCGGUAGCAUAUAGGUGCCUUGCCCGCCUGCAUUGGCCCUUGUUCCUUCUUUACGUCCACCACCUUACCAUUCCCUCGUCCAUCAGAAUCGCCUUCUUGCGACUCCCUCAUCGUCUCCGUCACCGCGCCUGGUUGUGCAUUCAGGCGCAUACACCAUGGCUUUUCCACAGACCCCGUCUCAUGCACUGCCGGGCGCUUUCCUGCAUACUCCCGCCGUCGCAUCACGUUUCAACGCCCAGCAAGACCCAGUAAACCGCCGCCUAUUUGGAGAUAACUCGGGUACUUCGUCUGGUGGUGCAGGCCUGAAAUUGUUUGGUCAAGAUGCUGGCCUCGGACUCGAUGCUCCCACCCAGCCUGCCGAGGAGCAGGCUUUACGUGGUUUGCCAGUUCAGGUUCUGCCCCCUCAACCCCCGUUAGCAAAGGCUGCUACGUACAUCAACAAUGCCUUGACUCGCGAUGGCGAAUACCCUCAACUAGAUUCUUACUGCAGACAAAUAUCCUCUGACUACGAUCUGACACGGGACGACUCCGCCUGGGCUCCUUUCCAGAAAACUAAUAUGUAUCCUAUCCCCCAAAAUGUUCUCGAGCAAUAUAAUCGAGCGGAGGUUUCUACCAUGAUGGGCUUGUUCGCCGAGUUGAACCAUGCCUGGGUAACAAUCGAUAACUGUCUCUACCUCUGGGACUACACCCACCCGAAUCCUGAGCUGAUAGGCUACGAGGACAGCCAACAUAGUAUUACGGCCGUGAAACUCGUUGCCCCGAGGCCCAAUGUAUUCAACAGCGUAAUUACACAUAUUCUUGUCGUUGCUACGACCUCAGAAAUGUUUCUCUUGGGAGUUGCCGCCAGGGAUGCACCAAGCGGCGCCAAGGCCAUCGAACUCUACGGCACUAAGAUGUCCUUGCCCUUGAAAGGGGUCGAGGCACGUGUCAUUGCUGGAUCUGCGGAUGGGCGUAUAUUCUUUUCUGGUCAUACGGACUGCGAUAUUUACGAACUCAAAUAUCAACAGGAAGAAAGAUGGUUCUCAAGUAGGACUGAAAAGAUCAACCAUACUCAGCGUUCUUGGACUGCCGCCGUCCCUCUGCCAUCUCAAAUUAUCUGGGGGAGGGCUGGGAGCGAGCAUAUCACAGAGAUCGUUAUAGAUGAUAGUAGAAGCCUGCUCUACUCCCUUUCUAACAAGUCCACUGUGCGUACUUAUCACAUGGAGCCGCCGAACAAGCUCACCGAGGUUAUCGAAAAGACCAAAGAGAAUUUCCUACGCGACAUUGCCCAUGUACUUAGUGUCGUUUCGCCUCUACUCAAUGAGCGUCUUGACAUCGUGUCCAUAAGUCCUAUUUCCGCCGAUGAGGAUUUCAAGGUUCACCUCAUGGCGUUAACAAACACAGGAUGUCGUCUAUUCAUGAGCGCCACCAGCGCUGCCUCUUACAUGCUCAAUUCCUCGAACAAAGCUCCCCAGAGUAUGCAGCUACAAUCAAUCAAAUUCCCACCACCUGACAGGCCGAGGCAGAGGACGAAUCGUUUGGGCGGCCCCACUGAAUACAUUGAAGUUGAUUCCCGCACUCUCGAAAUGAGUCGACGAGGAAUCCGAUUUGCCCCUGGUUAUUUUCUGGAUUUUGUUACCAAGAGCGAGCAGCCAAAUGGCGAUCUCCUAUUUAUGUCGGCUCCCGAUAGCGGGCGAAUCAAUCAUGGUCGCCAGAUCCAAAAUAUGCGGUAUUAUGAACAUGCCAACUGGAUCGACAUCGGCAGUAGGGCUGAAGAUGUAGGUCUAGUCACCAAACCGUUUGCAGCCACCGGACAGCCGCAAGGAUUUGGAAACGAGCUAGCCGUUCAAUUUGACAAUCCGAACGGGAGCGAAUUCGCCAUCCUAACGAAUACGGGGGUACACCUCGUGCGGCGUAGGAGGCUUGUCGACAUCUUCGCUUCGGUCAUCAGAGCUGCGGCUGGGGAUGAAGGGUUGAAAGCGGAGGUGAGCAAGUUCCGGAGUGCUUAUGGCCAUGUCGAAACCAUUACUGCUGCACUCGCGGUUGCGUGUCGUCAAGGAGAUAACGGCCGCCACGGAAUAGGCCGCGGUGCUGUCGACCAAGCUACGCAGGAUCGCGCCAAGCAAGUUUAUAUCAACUUUGGCGGUAACCCCAGACUACCCGAGCAGGACGGGCAGCCAGCAACAGUCGAAAUGGUACAGCCCUCUACUCGGCAUUCUGCCUUGAGUUUAUAUCUCAGCCGACUUGUUAGGACGCUAUGGAAAUCUCCCGUAAUCGGAAUGGGAACCGAUGCCAGCGGUGCACUGACAAUCACCAACGCUAUUGCAAUUGAUAGGCUAAAAGAAGUUCAAGGAAGCAUAGAAAGUCUAAGAAGUUUCCUGGAUACAAACCGGGCUUUUAUCCAGGGCCUCUCCGGACCUGCUGACCUACAAAGAGCGGGAAGCAAGCAGGAAGAACUCGGCUUCCAAGGGGAACAUCAAGCUAUGCGGGCCCUAGAGACCUUGAUGACAGGCAUCACUGAGGGUAUCUCGUUUGUCACGACACUAUUUGAUGAGCGAGUUACCGAUAUUUACACUCGCCUUGACGACGUUUCACGCCAACAGCUUCGUGAUCUCACAUUCGAGCAGCUUUUUUCGCAAGACAGUGGCAAAGAACUUGCCAAGGUUUUAGUGAAGGCGAUCGUCAAUCGGAACAUCGAGAAUGGAUCCAACGUCGAGACUGUAGCAGAUGCGCUCCGGCGCAAAUGUGGCAGUUUCUGCAGUCCUGACGAUGUGGUGAUUUUCAAAGCGCAAGAGCAGUUGAAGAAGGCAUCGGAGCCGUCUCUAAAUCCAAACACCUCUCGCACGCUCCUCCACGAGAGCUUGAGACUCUUCCAGAAAGUUGCAAGGAGCCUCACACAAACGAACCUCGAGUCGGCGAUCGAGCAAUAUGUCAGUCUAAGAUACUACGCCGGGGCAAUUCAAUUGUGUUUAGUCGUUGCUAGUGAGAAGGAUCGGGGCAACUCUGCGUUGUCCUGGGUCAAUGACGGUAAGCCCGCUGGAGAUCCGAGGGCAAGGUUUUUUGAGGACCGCAAGGUGAUUUAUGGCUUGAUUCACACUGUCCUCCAACACCUGGAUGCUGCUCACAGUCGAGAACCCGAAAUGGUGGACGGAAAGCCGACGUUGAUUGCCACGAAACGUACUGAGGCAUAUGAUGUUGUGAGCAAUUCAUCAGAUGAGGUAUUCCACUUCGAUUUAUACGAAUGGUAUCUACAACAAGGAUGGACCGAUCGCCUUCUCCGCAUCGAUUCGCCUCAUGUCAUCACUUUCCUUGGACGCAUUAGUGGCCAGAGUGUUGAGCACGCAGACCUCCUUUGCAGGUUUUAUACUAUGCGGCAACAAUAUUUCGCGGCGGCAAAGGUCCAGGCCGACCUCGCGCAAACUGACACCCACGAGAUUUCCAUUGAGGAUCGGCUUUCUCUGCUUAGCAAAGCCAAGGUCAAUGCUAGCGUCAUGACUCCUGGCAUCAGCCGUCAAGAACAACAGCUUCUGAACCACGACGUCACUGAGCUACUUGAGGUAGCCCAUAUACAGGACGACCUGUUGAAGAGACUAAAAGCAGACAGCAGGAUCCCGCAGGAACGCCAGCCGGAGAUUGAGCAGAACCUAAAUGGCAAGAUCCAACCUUUAUCUGAACUAUUUAAUGGAUACGCUGACCAGGCUGGUUACUAUGAUCUCUGCCUUCUCAUCUAUCACGCGGCCGACUUCCGCAGUUCUACCACCAUCGCCCAGACCUGGAGCAGCCUUAUCCAACAGACUCAUGAAAACGUUGCAGACCGGUGGUCAGAAUACGAUGCCGAACGUCGAGCGCACGGAGCACAGGCCGGAGACCCACCUCCGCAACCGUAUGAGGUGCUUGCCAGCCAAAUUUCAGACAUCUGCCAUCGCUCAUCCACGGACUCCUUCAUUUUCCCCGUCCCCACUCUUCUACCAGAGAUCUGUCGCUACGCCUUUGAAAAUGCCCAGGACAACAGGAUUUCUGCCGAUGUCAAUUGGCCGGUGAUUGUCUUCCUCAACUUGGGAGUCAGUUGUGAUCUCAUAGUCCGAGUUCUAGAGCAGAUGUUUGAGGCACAGGAACUACCAUUCCGUGGUGCUGCCCGCGCACGAGUUAUUGAGUGGAUCACCUAUGUUGUUGGUCAAUGGGUUCGUGAUCUAAGCCGAAAUGGUCGCCCAGAAGCAAGACUGGACCCAUGGGUUGGCGAGUUGAUCGCAGCGUGCGAGUCCUGGACGUCCGCAAACAUACGACUGGGUAACGAAGGCGGCGCAGAUAUUAAAGACAUAGCGCGAACUGUGAAGGAAAUCAAACGAGCCAUCGAGGGAUUCGUAAUGUCACCAAUAGCCAACAGGAGCAUGGGCUUCUACUAAAGCAUGUCUAGUAUAAAGUCCAGUCCAGUUCGGUUUUUUAGAUCGGCAUAUUCCACUCUCGGUAUACGUCAGGUGU